AUGCAAUUAUAUAUAAUAUAUAUAAUAAUAAAUAGACCCGAUCUUUUGCCCUGUGGCCUAACGGUUAGGUGCAACCGUUACAGUAUAGUAAUUAAAAAAGUAGGUUUAUCUUUAUCGCUUACUGAUAAGAAGUGUUAUUUAGAGUAG